UCCCCCAAAUGUCAGAACAGUACAGAUAUCCCCCAAAUGUCAGGACAGUACAGAUAUCCCUCAAAUGUCAGGACAGUACAGAUAUCCCUCAAAUGUCAGGACAGUACAGAUAUCCCCCAAAUGUCAGGACGGUACAGAUAUCCCCCAAAUGUCAGAACAGUACAGAUAUCCCCCAAAUGUCAGGACAGUACAGAUAUCCCCCCAAAUGUCAGGACAGUACAGAUAUCCCCCCAAAUUAGACAGUCCGACGUACUUCAUAAGAGGCAUGGCGAGUAUUUUGAAGUUGUAUUUUUUUUUGUCAUA